AUGUCACCCACAAGAGGACGAACUGAAGUGAAUGGGCGUCUCGUCCAUUUAGGCGAUGUUCAAGAUGAAAGACUAACUUUGUAUACACAUGCCGAGGAGCCUAGACCUGAUUAUGACUUAGCAAGAAGUUGGGAAAAGAAUAAAUCAGAUAAUACAAUCGAUAGUCCAAUAAUCAUUCAAAAUGCAACAUUGCGCGGAACUCUGUGUCAGAAGGAAGUCUCUAAUGCUGAUGGCAAAGAAGAUGAAGAUGAUAUAAUUAUUUCCGAGGAUGAAGACGAUCUUCUUACACAAUCGCCUCAUAAUACUACC